AUGUGCAAAAGCACAAAGCGUUUCCAAUAUAAAAUCGUUUUCAAAUCGGGUCUUUUUUGGGUAAUGGGAAAAAUGCUGAGUGUAAACGUCAUUUUGGAUGCUAAUCAACAACAAUUAAAUAUGUUAGUUUAUGCUUUAAGCAAAGAACUUCUUCCCCAACUCCUAUCCGAUGAAAUCUUGCAAAAAACGACAUUAUUUGAUUUCUUAAACCGUAAUACGAUUAAAAUAAGUAUUUAUUACCCUUAUUUACAGGUUUAUUCCCUAUCAGCAGUGGUGACUUUUCCUUUUGGAGUACAGAAUUUGAAUGAUGAACAUCAUAAAAUGAAGAUGGACACUGAUCAGGUCGAUGCUGAUUACAGUAAAGGCAUAUUUCUCGUUUGCCCCAUGCCAAGAUUAUUGAUUAGCGUCUAUAAUUUAAAUCCAAGCAAAGGUAGUUAUGGGGAACGUAAGAAUGUCAUUCACGUCAUUUGCGACGGAUUGUUAUUCCCAUACUUUUUACUUAACACUACCAUCCCUGUAACAGAUAGUGAGUACAUUCAUGCGCUAAGAGAUGUAAGCAGUAAAGCAUUAUUUGUUGCAGGGUCAUUUUAA